AUGUCUCCGAUCUACCCUUACGAGCAUAACCUUGGCUCACCAUCUGAUGAUGGCGCUCAGCUACGCUCUCGAAUUGGAGUCAAUCCGCGUUCAAAUGCGCCUUCCGCUGAGUUCACUCGACCACACAUUGACGCAGACCUACGCGGUCCUUCUUCAUCGCCCUUCUCUCCCUUCCCUUCUCUGCCAGCUCUGAACAGCCAAGUCCGCAGCUAUUCCCCGCUGCAGCAGUCGCUCGAAUCGCGCUACUCACCUCCAAACCUGUCAGCUGUCUCCAGCUCCAUAACCCAACCUGUAACGCCACCUUUCCAGAGGCCAAGUCGUCCACCGCCGGAGUUGUCAGACAAUGUGUCAACCAGACUGGGGGGUACCAAGGAGCGAAACCACGAUAACGUUAGCCAUCUCCAGGACCGCAACAUGCCUGGACUACCUUUCGAAGAUGACGAGGGUGUUGGUGCUGGCAGUUACGACUAUGGAAAGGGACUUACCAUGUAUGAAGGCAUUCCACUAGACGACCGGGAUCUUCGCAGGGUUGCAGAUACUCCCACGCGAAAGCACAGUGUAUCAGCACGGGACUACAAGGCGCAUAAAGAAGCAUCUGCUGUCAAUCGUCUACAAUUCGACUGGCUUGAUGAUGUGAACGAGACUCCGCCAGUGACAGACGACGCUUCAGAUGUGAUGAAUACUCCAAUUGAUGGGGGAGAGGGCUUUGUGGUCCCGCGUUUCAAGGACGUCGAGUCUAUGGAUCCAGAGGAGUUGGACGAUCUCAUGGAGGCAAUGUUUGAUCCUGACUUCCCGCCUGACCAUCCCGCCUCUCCCCACCUCUUUCGCCGGUCACCCUCUGAGUCAGGCCGACCCCCAGGCCGACCCAUAUCACGGUUUGCCAGUCCUAGCGCAAGCUGCGUCUCUGGUAGUGCUCAUGUUCAGUUUGCGGCGAACGCAUCCGUCCAAGACACACCUUUCGCCAAGACACUGAAGUACUUCAAGCAGUUCAAAGAUAAGGAGAACACACCCUCAAAGUCUCGUCGCAAUGCGUCGCUACCGGAAGAAAUCGCCGAGCUCGCGAAGGAAGCACAGCAGGAAGGCGUCGAGGACGAGAAGGUAAUGUGGGACAAAUAUAGGGAGAUCGACCUUGCGCCCAUGGAUCCGAUCACGGACGAUGAGAUGGAUGUGGACUUGAUCACAGGUACUUCGACGCGGAAGACAGCCGCUGCUGUUGGAGAGGACCUUGAUUUACACCGUCGUUCCGGAGCGAUUUGCAUAAGGCCCAAGACGCGCGCCUUCCUUGGGGAUGACAAGAACGGCGAACAGACAUCUGCGUCACUUGGCUUGAACGACAAGGUGAUCGAAGGAUAUGCUAACGAGACGGGUCCAAUGUAUCUAGUCGACAUACCCGGACACUUCGGCGACGCCUUUCACCUACAAUUUCGAAGCAGAGCCUCCGUGGAGCUGAUCGCGACCUUCCUGCGCGAGCGCGGUGAGGCACUGGAUGCCAGCAGAGCCGACAUUGACCGCUUGGUUGAGAGCUUCCAUGAGUGCCCAAGUAAAUUCAAGAUCUCGGGUCCCUCCGACUCAGCGUCGUCCUACAGUGAUGAUGGGUGCUUUGAUUUGAAAUCUCGGGACAAUGAGCAGGGCCCAAAAGCUAGCUCUGCCAGUACCAAUGACAGGAAUUAUGUUCGUACGACAGGAGAUCACUCGCACGAGAAGCAGAUGAUUCUCUACCAAGAGGAUCCUGUGUUCGUGAAGAUCAUUGGUAUGCUCCCCGAGGCUGCGUUCUGGGUCGUCGCGCGGCCGAUCGCGCAUUACUCCAGCAAAGUUUUGGACGCAGCCAGUAGAACGUUCGAUACGGCGUUGCACAAGCUUACCGGUCUGUCUUUGGACGAGUCGCGUGCGUCUGAGUAA